AUGGUCAAGUUUGAAACUGUGAGGAAGCAUACAAGAUUGUUCCUUACACCCUUAGAGCAUGUGUACAAGUUGGAGUAUUUCCAAAACAAGGAUUUGCUUUCUGAAGAGAUCCUGAAAAACAAGAACGGAGAAAAAAAUCUAGUUCUUGCAUGCAAGCGUGCCGUUUCUAACGACAAACCCUGGUGGAAUGCGAUGAAGAAUAUGACUUUCUUAGUGAUUCCAGAGCUCUUGGCUGCGUCUCACCAAGCAUACAACUCGCUUAUUCAAGCAACUUCAGAUUCUGAUUUGAAAACUCAGAUGUAUCACAAAAAUCUGUCUCUUGUGCAAAAUGGAGUACAGACUUUAUCGUUUCAAGUUGAAAAAGACGGUAGCCUUUCCUUUGUGAAGAAAUGUACCCCUGGAGAAUACAUCAAACCCUUGCAACCGGGUUUAGAUAGUAAGAUGUUCGCCGUUCUUGGUUGGAGUGGAGACGCGGCAACGUCAACGAUUGAAGUCUAUGACUCCAAGAGUCGAAAAUGGUCCUAUUUUGCACAUAAUGCUCCUCUUCCUCGAGCCUACCACGGAGUAGUGGUGCUGAGCGGGUUGAUUUACAUUAUCGGAGGAUUUGAUGGACGCUAUUGCUACACUAACACUUAUUGUUUCAAUAUAAAGACCAGGAAGUGGUCCCGCAAAGAGAGUAUGCACAAAUCUCGAUGCUACGUGACUGCUGUUGCACACUGCGGUUUGAUCUACGCCAUGGGGGGCCAUGACGGAAUUUAUAGGUUCAAGUCGUGCGAAAAAUACAAUCCAAAGCUGAGGAAAUGGCAGUUUUUCGCCAAUAUGCACCACCGACGCAGUGACGCUUCUAGUGCUGUGCAUAAAGGACUCAUUUUUAUCUGUGGUGGAUUCGACGGUGAUAUUGUACUAGAUAGUUCUGAAAUUUAUGACCCAAACUCUGACCAGUGGAGUCUCAUAGCUCCCAUGCUCAGUCCAAGAAGUGGCUUGACUUUGGUCUCAUAUAAUGGAAGAAUUUUAGCCCUUGGUGGUUACGAUGGCUACGACAGACUUUCUACAGUUGAAGAAUUUGAUGAAACUGAAAACUGUUGGACGUCCUUCAGCCCUAUGCUGACCACUAGAAGCAAUUUCGCCGCUACUGUGUUUGAAGGAGAAGUAUAUGCUAUAGGAGGAUAUAAUGGUAGAUACACAUCGCCUGAUGUUGAGAAACUAGAUGAGAAUAACAAGUGGAUAAAAGUUGCGAGUCUUAAUAAACAUAGAAGCGCUCUUGGCGCAUGCGUUUUACAUGAUUCAAGCGGCAUUUCGUUGUGUUCAAUCAAAGGUAAAAUUGAAUUUUGUACAACACUCCGAAAAAACAUUUAA